AUGUUGUGCGGGAUAGUGUACCGGAGAGUGGUGACGCUCCUGUCACCGAUAGAGUGCUCGAUCGACGAUAUUGGUUCUCGGAUCGUGACGAUGAGGGAGGAGGUGCAGGCCGGGAUCGAUCGCGCGAGCGACACGAGGUGCCUCACCAGGCUCGUCCAGGGGAGCGUGUUGCCGCAGGUCAAUGGCGGCGCGGUAGAGGUAGCGGAAACGUUUCUGAAGGCGUUACCACCGGAAGAGGGUAACGCCCUCCCGCCUACAACUCCCUCGGCGGUGGUCGUCGACACCGGCGGGAGCGGGGGGGCCGCCGCCGCUGCAACGGCAGGGACGGCGGCGGCGGCGGCGGAAGCAGGCGGCUGGAGCGGCGGCGGCGGCGGCCGCGGCGGCGCGAAACAGCCGGCGGCGACCGCUAGGCCUCAGCAGCGGUUCAGGCCGAUCGCGCUGAUCAAGGACGACCGGGCUGCGGAGCUCCGAGAGGUUUUGCGGGAGAUGCUGAUCGAGUUCCUCGAGCUGUGCCGGCAGCUGGUGCUCAAGACCCGGACGGUGCUGAACAUUCCGAGGAACGCUCCCGUGGUGGCGCCGAGGGCUGUCGGGGAGGAGAGGACGGCGGAGGAGGUGAACGCGGAGCACAACAUCUUGUGGCAGGGCGAGAUGGAGCGAGGGUUCUCGAAGAUGAUGCAGGCGAUGGAGGUAUACCUACAGGAGGGGGAGGGGUGGGAGGACCUCAAGGCUAGCACCAAGAACUACGCCCCAUGACCCCCCCCCCCCCCCCCCCCCCCCCCCCCCCCCCCCCCCCCCCCUCCCCGCCCCCCAGCGAGCACCGCACCCGCUAAUAUCUUGAAUGCCCACUUUUUCUGAGUUGCGAUAGAAAAGUCGGCCUCCUCGACGUGUUGCCGCCGUUGGUGCGGCAGUGGCGGGUGUGCAGUCGUUGUUGUCGUUUUCGGUUGCUUAGUGAGGCACGCCAGUGCUAGGUUUUUCUUGCUUGCGGGGGCGGGCCCCUUCCGGAUGGCAUGUCACGGUGGGGCGCCCCCGUUCUGUUUGUGUGUUGUGUUUUUUGUAAGGAUUUUGCUUGUGUCCACUUUUGAGUACUGGUCGCCAAGAUUCCAGCCUCCACGCUUUGACAAGGGGUUGUUGUUGUUGAUGUUGUUGUUGUUGUUGUUGUUGUUGUUGUUGUUGUCUUUACAUUAAAAACCGUUCCGAUCUCUCCCUACCCACUACCUUCGUUUGUCGGUACUGAUCCAACACUCGACGGGGUGGGGCGGCGGGAAAGGGUGACCGAGCUUUGCGUGGGUAGAUUCUGGCGCGUUCAUCACGGGGGCGGGGGUGGGGGGGAGGUGACACGUUGGUGGCCCCUCAGACAACAGCAGCUCACCUCUAUUUUCCACCGAUGAACGCGGUUUAAUUUACGCCCCGUAGUUUCCUAUUGGUGUGAUUUUUUGUUUUUUUGUUGUGCCGGGCCCGACGAGAGCGCGUUGCCCGGCUGUUGAGAUUCCGGCGGCUGAUGCCGCAUAGCAGUAGUACAGCACCCGUCCCUGUAAUGAUACAAAGAGCGGAGAAGAGCUGCUGCGGUGCUCAUGGUCACCACGCGCAGACAGGGGCGGAGGACUCUAGCAGCUUAUGAUCUCCUGGGAAAUCAGGAUCAGAAAAUGCAGCAGUUGUUAACCUUGGGAUUGCUUGCUGACUGGGGAGGAUAUGGGGCUGAAAUCAGCCUGUCCGUAGAAAGAACAAGGGCGGGCUGNGGGGGGGGGGGGGGGGGGGGGGGGGGGGGGGGGGGGGGGGGGGGGGGGGGGGGGGGGGGGGGGGGGGGGGGUGCACCGAGAUACUGAGUGCGCGACUCCGAUGCCCUCGCACGUGUGGUGUGGUGUAGAUGGUGCCUUCGCUUUGUGUGGUGAAUAUGUUGUAAAGAUGUCGAUCAGUCCGCAUACGAAAUUAAAUUCUAUGGGUGUGGCGCAGCAGCAGCUGUUUUACUUGGCGAUGUUGAUGUAACAGGAUUUGACUUACGGGUGGUGGUGACGUUCGGCGUCGUUUUUUUUUUAGUAUAUGCGGUGCGUGCGUGUGUGAUUGGUAUGCUGGACAGGGUCUGUCGCAACGCUCUUCGUGAUCCCAGAGCCACAACUCGCCCACGUUUAGUUUCGCGCGCUCACACACGCGGCGUGCAAAAGCAGCAGUGUUUAUAUCAGCUUUUGACGAUAUCAUGUGGAUUUCGGGGCCACGAGUGCCGUUGCGGGGAUUUACUGAUGAGUUCUAGCAGGAGGGGGCAGUUCAUGAAAGGGUUUGUAGGUGGUGUGCCGAGGCUGAACUUCGCAGUGGACGGGGAUGGGGUGGCGGGGCAGAUGCACCCACCAACUCGCGGUACCAGUUGUGCGGCGAUAUUCGCGGCGAAUGUUCGAACGUAAAGAUGUUCGAGAGAGGGUACAAUAAUGGAAGGCACAAAUCGUGAAAUACGUGAUGA